UCCGCCCACGCUUCACGCCGCUCCGCAGCCUGCAGCUCACUUCGCUCCGGGCACCGCGCCGCGUGGUCAUGGCGCGAGCUCCGCAACAACCGGGCCGCACCAGUGUGUGGCGGCUACGUCUGAAGCAGUAGGAUGGCUCUGAAGACGCCGACUCCAGGGGUCGGGGAGCGCGAGACCUGGGGCAAGAAGGUUGACUUCCUGCUCUCCGUGAUCGGGUUCGCGGUGGACCUGGCCAACGUGUGGCGGUUCCCCUACCUCUGCUACAAGAAUGGAGGGGGUGCGUUCUUGGUGCCAUACUGCAUCAUGCUGGUGGUGGGCGGCAUCCCACUGUUCUACAUGGAGCUGGCGCUGGGCCAGUACCACCGCAAGGGCGCCAUCACCUGUUGGGGCCGCCUCGUGCCCCUUUUCAAAGGUAACACUCUGUCUAGGUGCGUUUCUGGUGCCGAACUGCAUCGUGCUGGUAGUAGGUGGCAUCCCACUGUUCUACAUGGAGCUGGCGAUGGGCCAGUACCACCGCAAGGGCGCCAUCACCUGUUGGGGCCGCCUCGUGCCCCUUUUCAAAGGUAUCGGCUACGCUGUCGUAUUGAUAGCCUUCUAUGUGGACUUCUAUUACAACGUGAUCAUCGCGUGGGCGCUUCGGUUCUUCUUUGCUUCGUUCACCACAAUGCUGCCGUGGACCAAUUGCGACAACGAUUGGAACACGCCUGCCUGCCGACCGUUUGAAGCUGUACUGGACUCAGGCAACAGAUCAAGACUGCGGCAAAAUGUGUCUUCAUCCCUCGGUCCUCCCCAAACUACCCCCUUUACUUCCGCCGCUUCCGAAUAUUUCAACCGUGCUAUCUUGGAGCUGCAUGGUAGUGAAGGUUUGCAUGACUUGGGCACCAUUAAAUGGGACAUGGCGUUGUGCCUGCUCGCCGUGUAUGUAAUCUGCUACUUCUCCCUAUGGAAGGGUAUCAGCACUUCUGGAAAGGUGGUUUGGUUCACAGCUUUAUUUCCUUACGCUGUACUGUUGAUUCUUUUGGUAAGAGGCAUCACUCUUCCCGGAUCGGCAAUGGGUAUCCAAUAUUACUUAAGUCCCAACUUUGAAGCCAUCACGCAACCGCAGGUAUGGGUAGAUGCAGCGACUCAAGUUUUCUUUUCGUUAGGUCCAGGUUUUGGUGUGCUAUUGGCUUAUGCAUCAUACAACAAGUAUCACAACAACGUUUACAAAGAUGCGAUCCUAACCAGCGUCAUCAAUUCGUGCACAUCAUUCGUGGCUGGCUUCGUAAUCUUCAGCGUGUUGGGCUACAUGGCACUCGCUUCGGGCAGGGACGUGCAGGACGUGGCGACAGAAGGUCCGGGUUUGGUGUUCGUGGUCUAUCCAGCGGCCAUAGCAACCAUGCCGGGCUCCACCUUCUGGGCUCUCAUAUUCUUCAUGAUGCUUCUGACAUUGGGACUGGAUAGCUCUUUUGGCGGAUCUGAAGCGAUCAUAACGGCUCUGAGCGACGAAUUUCCACCGAUCGGGCGUCACCGGGAGUUGUUCGUGGCGUGUCUGUUCACACUCUACUUCUUCGUGGGUCUGGCAUCGUGCACUAAAGGCGGCUUCUACUUCUUCCAACUGCUGGAUCGAUAUGCUGCCGGCUACUCUAUACUGGUCGCUGUUUUCUUCGAGGCGAUUGCUGUUUCAUGGAUAUAUGGUACCGAACGGUUCUGCGAGGACAUCCGCGACAUGAUCGGCUUCCGCCCCGGCUUGUAUUGGCGCGUGUGCUGGCGUUUCGCAGCGCCCGCCUUCCUUCUGUUUAUCACAGCGUAUGGGCUCUUGGACUACGAACCGUUGCAGUACGAGGGAUACAUUUACCCGUGGUGGGCCAACGCGCUCGGGUGGGCCAUAGCGGGAAGUAGUGUGCUAUGUAUACCGGCGGUGGCUAUCUUCAAACUGUUGACCACUAAGGGCACUUUCUUUGAGCGUCUCCGUACAUUGACGACGCCGUACGCGGACUCAGAGGCGGCAGCGGCAGCGGUUGCAGCGACGGCGGGCGCGGCCAACGGCAUGGUGGUAUCAGAGAGCGGCGGAGUUAGACUGGCGCCGUCACCGCCGCCGCCCGCCGCGCCGCCACCCGCCUCCGCGCCGCAGCUCGUCUGAGCGCCGCUCUCCUUCGACGUCUACUAUGUCUGAACUGAACUGGACACAGUCAAGGCCUCCAAUAGCGAUGCAACCAUGGAGGUUAAAGAGAAGGAGAACGAUCGCUAAGUACUAAAGCAUUAGUCUUUGAAAAUUUGUAGAAUUUAUAGUUCAUAUUUCAGCCACCAGCUGCGCUGCCGUCGAUAAGUAGUAUCUGUGAAGUUAGCUGUUUAUGAGUACAAGUAGAUGAAGUUAGUUGAAUAAUGUACAAAUUAUCUUGGCGGCAUUGGUCAUUUCCUUUCAAAUUAGCGCAUAACAGUCCGCUUUUAUUGAGAGAACUUAGCGAUCGCAGCGCCUCACUUAUUUUGUCCAUAUUUCUGGGACACUAUUUUCUACAGCGAUCGUUCUCCUUCUCUCUAACCUCCAUGGAAGCAACUCUGUAUUUACUCCAAAUAAAUGAAGUCUCUUGUUUCCACAUUUGAAAUUAUUGUAUUCUGUUCUUUCAUUAUAUGUUUCUAAGUUCGAAUUUAAGUAUUGUCAUAUAUAAUACCUUAUAGUCUUUUGUGAUAUCAACAUUUGUUAGUAGGUUGUUCUAGUAUUUUUAUUAUCUUCUAUAUAUAAAUCAAUUGUGGUUAGUUUGUCUCGCUGAAACUCGAGAACAGCUGGGCCGAUUUAGCUGUUGGAAAAGGAAAUUUUAAACGAUGAGAAAAUAUGGAAAUUUGCGUGGAAAUUAGUAAAAUCUAAAAUUGUAUUUCCCAUAUAAACUGUUCUACCUACUUUCCUGUCAAAAAUGCCUGAUUUGCCUGACAAUUUAGCGAAGGGAGAGUUUUAAUGUCGUUAGGAUAGGUGAUACGGAGUACAGCGGGUUAUCUCGUAUUUUAAUAGAAUAAAAUUUCCAAAUUAGAAUAUAAUACCUAAUAAUAUAAUGUAUGCCAUGGUGACCAUGAAUGCAAUGAUGCUUUUAUUUUGUUUUAAUAGUGUAUAUUUUGUUGGUUGAUCUCAAAUAUUAAAUCGACGAUAAUCAAACAAACAAUACAAACUAUGUUCAGUGGUCACCAUGUCUUAACUCUAUCAAAAUUAGGUAUACACCCCGACGAAUUUUUGAGCAAGUACCAUAGACAAGGAAGCCUGCGCUGAAGCAAUUUUACAUACAAAAUCGUGUACUGCGCAAGUUUAUUUGUGUUUGGGUUUUGUCAAGAAGUUUGCCGCGAUCUAUACUACCUUCGAUAGCGUGAACACAAAAAAGUGUUAGUAAAAAUUCUAUAAAUGUGACACUUACAAAUUCAUCCAUAAUAUAUGUGUAUCUUAGCAGUAGCUUUACUCAAUUCCUAUAUCUAGCUAUAUAAUUCUUUCCAAGGCAUCUUAACAUAAAUAAGGUGUUCUAAUCUAUCAAUAAAAUAAUACAAUUUAAUGAUUGUGAAACGAAACCCAUUAAGAGUAGCUGGUAGACAGAUGUGCGGUUGUUGAAAAUUAAAAUUAAACCAAUGCUUGUAGGGUGGAAAAAUAACUAAGUAAUCUUAAAUAAUAAUAUAAAAUAAUAGUUUUAAUUGACUCAUUUAAAAUUAAUUAUAGAGAAUGUUUCAUUUAAGCAUUUCCGUCAACUUAGUUCAGUCACAGAGACAGUUAUUUAUUUUAUUAUGACGAAAUUUGAGGAUUACGAUGAAAUCAGCUGCCAAAUAUAAAAUUUAACUACUUACUUAAUAUAAGUACCAACUUCACAUAACUUUCAUAAUAAUUAAUGAAAUUUUCUUCAUGGUAAAGAAUUGUGUUGAAAUUGGUAAAUUUACAUCUAUUCCGGACAUGGGAUAAAAAAUCGUAAUUUCUGAUUUCAUAAUGGCAAAGAAAUGUGUCGUAUUUUAGGUAGUAAGUAAAUGUAAUAUUAGAAUUUUAAUUGGAUGUGAACCUACUGAAGUAAAUAGAGUAUCAGCAUGUUUUUAGUGAUUUAUUUUACAGUAACUUUAGUAUACAUCCCGGUAAACUUCUUGAGCAAUGACCAAAGACAAGGUAACCUGAGCAGUAAUAAUUUUACGGACAAAAAACCGUCUACUGCGCAAGUUUAUUUGCCUGUGGUUUGCUCAAGACCAUUUUCUGCUACCUAUAACUAUGUAUGUUAUCCAUUUAAGUGUUAACAGGUGUUAUAUUCAAUGCAAGUAAGUAGGUUUAGCUAAUUCAUUAAGCAAUAUGUAUUCGAGACUAGGUAAUAAAUUUUUGAUCUGUGUGUAUACUAAUUUUUUUGGAGUAGGUUAAUUAUACAUACAUUAAUAGCAGUCAAAAUAGUUCCGAUUAGUUUCGAAGCAUUCCACAUAGGUGUAUUUAUAAUAAGUUAAUGUAGCAUUUUUGUAUACAAUAAUGAAUGUAAUUCAGCAAACCGUCGAUGUUAUAGCGAUAGUUCGAUAAUAGUGUGUAUAACCAAGCAUUAAGGUUGAAAACUGGAACAAAAUCUGUAUUUAUUACACAAACACCCGAACAUAAGUUUUUAUUUUUUAUUUUAUCCAAAAGCAUAGGCUAAUUGCAAAUUACGUAGGCUAAACUUUAAAUCCUGCAAUUUCUAAUAGGCAUUUACUUGUUCACCCGAUAGAUGGCGUUGGCAAAGGAAACGAAUACAUACAUUUUUUGUAUGAUAUUUUGUGUUUAGUUUUCAAAGCAACAAUAAUAUAAUUGACCCAAAAUAUUACAAAAACAGUUACCACUUUUAUUUUGUUUUAAUAUCCAUUCAUAGUUUGUAUAUAAGCUAAGAUUAUAAAUUAGAGAUAAAAUAUUGUACAUUUCGAUGAAAACGUGUAUUGUAGCAUUAAUAUUAUAAGGAAAGAAAAUGAAAUGUUGAAUUCAUAAUUUUCUUUUAUUUGCUGUUAGCCAUGCUUUGCUUAACUAAAUACAUAUACAAUUUAAAUAUUUAUAGCAGCUUCUUAAUAAUGGUAUUUAUAUUGAAACUUUUUAAAUAAAUAAAUAGCUUUAAGGUUUCGAAAUGACGAAAUGGUUUAAAACUGUUUCUUUACUUUCAUUAACUUAUCGUAGUAUUGAAGUUAUAUCUAAUCAAAUGUAUGUAGGUAUCUACUUUCUACUAAGGCGUAAGAAAUAAGUUUAAAUCCAUAUAUGCUAUAUCUGAAUUCAGAUAAAUAGUUAUGUUGAUUGCUAAAUAAAUAUCUUCAGUAAUAAUUAAGAAGAAACAAAUGCUGUGUAGAUAAUAGAAACAGUAGUGUGUACACAAAUAAUUAUAUUUAAGUAAAAAAGUUCAUAUACCCUCAUCAUUAUAUUUAUGUACCUUAGUAUUAUAACAUGCAGGUAGAUGUUAAACUUGAAUGUUAGUGAAAUAUUUAUCUUACCAUUAGGUAAGUAAUAAUAUUAAAUUGAAACUUUUUCUCUUCAAUAUAAUCGGUAUGUAGACAGGUGCUCCAUUUUUUUCCUUUUUUUCGUCAUUCAUCACUCCGUCGUGGGCAAUGCGGAUUGAUGAAUCGUAUAUUAUGAAUAAUAUAAUUUUGUUUUUCUAGUGAAUAAUGUUCUUCCAGUUUAGUGUAAGAUAAACACGCUACACACUCGCUACAAAUUUUGAUCUCGAUGUGUAGUGUAGAUGCAGCCUUAUGUUAUAGUGCCAUUUACACGCUUGCAAUAUAUUUUAAAUACUCAAUAUACUAACCUUAUUAUAAGAAAUAUUAUUAUAGAUGUAUUAAUGUAAUGGAAUGAUUAAAUAAAAAUCGUGUCUUUAUUCAAUUUCUUGUAGCAAAAUAAUUAUAUUAUAGAUUGCAGCAUUGCAUAAGGUGGUCGAUGUUAGUAAAGAGUUAUUAUAUUGAACUCUUAUUAAUGAUAGAUAAAUAUUUAGAUGUUGAGUAGGUAUGUAUUUAUCUUUAUUAUACUUAAUUAUAAUGAUCAAUCGUCAUGACAGCCAUAAUGACUAUUGGUUCUUAGUAAUAAAAUUGUUUAUACUUACUGUGAAUUCG